AAUGGCGGGUAACCUGACCGAGGUGUAAAGUAGUGUGGAGGCGUUCAGCCAAACAGGAAGAAACUGGGAAAACACACCGAAGAGACCGAAGAGACGGAGCACUACAGUAGGCUGAACUACCAGCAAACUACCGGGCGGAUUUUACCAACCACUUUUCUCUCAGCCUCGGAGGACUGUGGACGGUCUACUGGUAACUCCAGUCCGCAGUGAGACGCGCUGUCUGGGGGCUGAGACACCAGCAGGAGGAAGAGGAGGAGGAGGAGGAGGAGGGGGCUGUCAGCAGGCUAGGCUAGGCUAGGCUAGGCUAGGCUAGGCUAACAGCUUCAGCCCCCAGAACACCCUGAACUUGGAGAAACUUUAUGAAUAAAUCAUAGGCGUUUAAUCAUCGACGGUUCCGGAGACUUCUGACGAGAUAAAAAAGAAAAGAAAGAUACAAAACAAUUUUACCGCCAAAAAACAAGUGUUAGCCUGCUAGCAUUGCUAGUUAGCCAGCUAGCAUUGCUAGUUAGCAGCUAGGUGGCUAACUAGCUCCCAUCAGUGAUUGUCAACACAUCCACGCUCUGACAGCAGACAUGUAACGUUAACACAUCUCUUCAUCCUCUUUACAUACUGAACUCAUAUUGUUUUUAUGUUAACACAAAGUUAUAUUAGACAUUAAUUAACAUUAUCAUAUUAAUUAUCACUAAGUUAUGUGCGGCUAAACGGUCUGAAUCAGUGUGUGUUUGUUUUUGACGGCGUUUCUCCGGCUAGAGCUGAACUUUUAAUUUCUCCGGUGCUGUUGCUGUUGGGUGAGUGUGUUGUUGUUAUCAUGGAGGCUCUGGAGCCUGGCAGCGGCAGCAGCAGCAGCUCGGAGCGGUUACAUAACGCCGGCAGGUCGCGGAAGAAGCUGCUGAACGUCGCCUCCUCCUCCUCAGCCUCCUCAGCCCGGCUCUGACAGCUGAGACAAACCCCCCCAACACACAGACAGACAGACAGACAGGCAGAAAGACAGACAAACAGACAGACAACACAACAAACAAGCAGCCGGCAGCAUGGAGGAGGAUGAGUGAGCCUGACACCGACACACAGCACGGGACAUUUCACUGAAGAUGGAUUCAAACCCGCUGAUAAACGCCAUGGACCCGUCCAUCACGCUGUGGCAGUUCCUGCUCCACCUGCUGGAGGACCAGCGGCAGCGUCACCUGAUCUCCUGGACAGGUGAGGACGGAGAGUUCAAGCUGCUGGACGCCGAGGAGGUCGCACGACUGUGGGGGCUCCGCAAGAACAAACACAACAUGAACUAUGACAAGCUGAGCCGAGCACUGAGAUACUACUACGACAAGAACAUCAUAAAGAAGGUGAGCGGUCAGAAGUUUGUGUAUAAGUUUGUGAGUCAGCCCGACCCCUCGCUGCCUGAGGGCCUACGUAACGGAGAGGAGGGCCAGAGGAGGGACACCGCCGACCCAAACGGCCAAUCAAAAGGCCUCGGGGGCGUAGCCUCAACCUGUCCGUCAAAGGGCUUACCCCAGCGCUCGUCUCCCAGCAUCUCCCAGAAAAGCUCCCGUAACGACUACAUGAAGUCCGGCCUCUACUCCACCUUUACUAUCCAAUCACUGCAGGCCUCACCCAACCCACGACCAAUCAAAACAGAGCUGCUGAUACAACAAGACGCAGUCUCCAAGGCUGAUCGCACGCCCAGAGAGAUCUGUGUAUUAUCAGAGUCUAAUUCCUCCCCGUCAGUAGGAGGAGGUGUUGACUCCUGUCUCCAGGUGAUCGUCACUCAGCCGUCUCCCUGUCCCACUCCGGCUCUCAGCCCUCAGAUACCGGCCAGCAGCACCAGUCAAUCACAGAAUCCUCCUGCCCCUCCUCUGAGCGACCCUCCCCAGAUUUAUCUGACCAGCGUCGGGGACCCGUCCUCCCUCACCCCCCUCAUCCCCCUGGGUCCCGUCGGGAGGUCGGUGAGUCCUGUACCUCUCCCCCACGUACCGAUGGGCCACCAGGUGCCGCCGCAGGAUGACUGCGGGGUAGUCACCAGCCCGGCCAGCUUCCCCCACACCGCUCCUCACCCGACUCAUCCCCCGCCCGUCUUUGUCAUCAUCAAUCCCCCUUCCACCCAGCAGCAGCAGGCGGCCAUGGCGGCCGCUCCUCCUCCCACCGCCCGUCCUCCUCCGCCCCCCAUCGUCAUCAAGGAGGAGAACCUGCCGUCAGAGGAGGAGCUGCUGGAGAUGGUGUCUCUCGAGGAGAGACGGGUGGAGGAGGUCCCUCAGCUGAUCUGUGGCUCAGAAGAACCAGAGCCCCCCCUCACUAUCAUGGAGAGCCCGCCCCCUCCCUGCAUGGAGCCCGGGGUCGGAGGUCAGCAGCCUGCAGGGGAGGGAGAGGUCAAGGACACGCCAACAGGUCCCUCCGCCCCUCCAGUGACGACCUCCUCAGCGGCGGCCCCUCCUGUGACCUCGGACGCCGUUCCUCCCAAACCAAAGAAGCCGCGGGGCCUGGAGCUGCCCUCCUCCCCCUCCCCCCCCCCCGGCCUUUCCCUGGAUAAGGUAAACGCAGCUGUCAACAGUUUACUGGCUCCUGGAUCAGCGACCAACACGCUAACCCCGACGGUCAUCACCUCCCACGCUCUGACUCCGGUCCUGUUGACUCCCAGUCCUCUUCCCUCUACCAUCCACUUCUGGAGCACACUGAGUCCCAUCGCUCCUCGCUCCCCGGCCAAACUCUCCUUCCAGUUCCCGACUAACGGCAGUAACCAGAUCCACAUCCCGGCUCUGAGCGUCGACGGUCUCUCCACCCCGGUGGUCCUUUCCCCCGGCCCACAGAAACCCUGAGAUCCUCACUGGCCACAGAGCUCGACUCCCGGAGGGUCGGAGGACACCUGGAUCUGGACCAAUUCUCAAACUCCACUCACACCAGGAACCACGCAGUUUUGGGGCGCUGGUAAGACUGGUAAGACUGGGAGAUUUGCUGGUUUAUGGGGACCUUUUCACUGGUGGAAUUAUUCACAGCUGGAGAAUCAUCGUCCAAACCAGACAGAUGUCCCAGUUUGGUGAACGUUGGAGAUAUCGUAUUUUAAAGGUGCAACGAGCGGCUGGACGUCAGCCUCCUUCAACCCUCAUUUCUUUCAGAGGUUUUGCGGUGGCGGCGGUGCUCCAACGCCGCGACGGCGGCUCAUCUGGAGAAGUCGACAGCAGAACAGAAAGCACAUCUGAAGACAGACGAGGUGGAGGGAUUUCUUUUCUUCUUCUAGUGGCGUAACUUCAGGAUAAAAACUUUAUAAGUUUACAGUGAGAUAACUGGAACCGGAGGAUUUAUUAUUGAUCGACUGACAGAUUGAAGACUGGAGACGGCGUUUCCUGUCGGCUCGACACACAUUUUUAGACAAUCUGAUGAGGAAUGUUCGACUUGAACCUCGUUAAUAUUCAUGAGGAAACUUCUGGAGACACACAUUUAUCUCAAACCUUCUUUUGGGGGCUUUUUGCUCGUUAUCGUCUGUUUUUUGAAAAAGUGGUUAUUUAUUUCUGUCUUCACAUAUCUCUGCAGAUUUUUUAACAUGAAUCGUCAUCCUGACCCCUGACCGCACUGGGCGCGCUCCGUUUGAUGACUUUUCUUCCUGCUGGAAUGCUUCAUUUUAUCAGCUCCCCUCCGCUGGAUUCCUUCAGACUUUAAGGGCCAUUUAAGGGAUUUUGCUUCGCUCUUAUUGGCCGUUUUUUCAAGGCCACGCCUUUCUUCACUUAUGCAUGGCCUGUUAUUGGACUAAACUCCUCGGCAUCAUUUUUGAACUGACCAAUCACAGAGGAGUGGUGAUGAUGGACCCUGAGCUGCAGGCGCUCAGUUUUUACACAGCCAAGUUAUUUCUCUAAAAGUGUCUCUAUGUGACAGAUUGUAUAUUUUCUCAAAGAGUCUUUGAAGAAGUUUAAUGUCCGAAACUGAACUGAAGUGACUCUGCGGGAGAACAGAGGUUUUAUUAGUCACAUUCCUUCUGCUUUUACAGCGUUGAUAGAGGGGUUUGUUUUAUUGAUUAAUAACUGCUAAUCAUUUUCAUUCCAGACUUGCAGUAGAUCUUUGUUGAGCAGCUCUGAUGAAUGUUUUGUUCCUGAUGGUGUUGGACCUCUGCAGUGAUGUUGCCACAAGUUUUCAAUCGGCUUCAGAUUCGUUCUUGGACUCAGACGGAGAGACUGCAGCGAUCGUAACACGCCAUAAUUAAAGGUCCAGCGUGUAACAGUUCGGGGGA